AUGAACAUCUUCAGGAACUUAAUCGGAAGAGUUUGGCACGACCCCAAUGCAGCCGAGGUUGUGAAGAUAUCAGAAGGACAGCUGUACCUUGUGCGGUCGGGCACUGUACGUGGUGCCCGCGAGUGCAUAUACAAUGACGCCAUGGCUACGAUCCGUCGCGUUGCCUCUGUUGAGCACAACUUCCAGCUCGUGGUUACCCGCGUCUACGAAGAGGGGGAUCAAGAACUGUUGGAGGAUGAGGAGGAAACCGAUGAGGAGCGAGUGUUCCUGAUCAGCGAAGAGUUGGAGUUCAGGAGUACAACUAGCGAAGAGGAUCCGUGCUUCGUCUGGCGCGACCUGGACGGCGAUGUCGAUGAAUUCUACGAGUUUGUGGCACCCGGCACGAACGCGCCGACGCGGGCCUUCUUCGAAACGUGCAUGUAUCGGGCCAUGUACGAACGCAAGUACAGGAAGAGCGCCGACGAUACCGCAGACGCCGACCUCCAAGAGUUCAUCCGGCUACCUCCAUCUGAGAAGGACAAGGGGAAAGCGAUCGAAUCUGUAGCUCCUACAGAACCGAUGCCUACCACCGCCUCUACCUCUGCAACAACUGCACCUGCUCCUACGACUACUGCUCCUGCUCCUGCGACGGAAGAUCCCAACGCCAAAGUUUUGGUCGCUCAUCCAGCGGAGCUUCACUUGUGGGACCUGGACCAAGGCUUCUUCGUCAAACACGCAGAUGUCACCGCCAAGAUCGCGCAGCAUGCGUCCACUGGCCCCUUCGACUACUGGCUCCUCGUGACCACGGACGAAGGCCCGUUGCUGGCUCAUAGGGUCACAUCCGAUAUGAACCAGCGAUGGGCAUUAAAGAUGCUUGCAUUCACUUGGAACUAUGUCAGUGACACUGGAUCACAGAGCAGUUGGUGCCUGAGGUUCGAAACGUCGGAAGCAUACGAACAAUUCCAGAUGCUGUUCAGCAGGGCUCUGUGGGAGUCGCUGAACAACUACUCGUGGGAGAAGGCAAAGGCUGAAGAGCAGGCUUAUGUGCUCAGCUCACAAGUACAGGACGUCGAGAUGCAAGAUGUAGAGGAUGAGGAAGAAGACGAAGAGGACGUUGCCAAGGAACUUGACAAGAGUGACGAAGAGUCCGAUUCUGAAACCGAAACCGAACCUGAGCCAGAGGAGGAAGGCGGCCCGCCACCUCUCGGCAAGGGCCAGCGCAACUCCCAAUUGACGGUCGGCUAUAAAGGCGACAGGUCAUAUGUUGUUCGUGGAGGAAAUAUCGGGGUGUUCGCACAUACAGGCGACAAUGCGGUCAAAUACCACGCAACUAUUGCCCAUCUCGAGACCCCUAAGGGCAAGGAGUUUGCGCCCAAACAUGUCAUGUUGCAUGACCAAGACACGAAGAUGGUGCUCAUGAACCCCGGUGCACCCAAUUCCCUCUUCAGCCUGGACAUCGAGCGCGGAAAGAUCACGACGCCGCAGCAGACGAUCAUCGGCGCGUCGCACAACGCGCUCUUCCGCAUCGACCCGCGGAUGUCGGGCAACAAGAUGGUCGACAGCCAGUACAAGCAGUACGUCAGCAAGAACCAGUUCUCAGGCGUCGCGACGACGGAAUCGGGCAAGCUCGCGGUGGCGAGCGAGAAGGGCGACAUCAGGCUGUUCGACUCGAUCGGCAAGAACGCGAAGACGGCGCUGCCGCCGCUCGGGGACCCGAUCAUUGGUGUCGACGUCACGGCGAAUGGUCGCUGGAUCGUAGCCACGACUAAGACAUACCUCUUACUCAUCGAUACACUGAUUGGGGAGGGACGGUAUACCGGUCAGCUUGGCUUCGACCGGAGCUUCCCUGCGAAUGCGAAGCCGAUCCCUCGGCGGCUCCAGCUCCGUGCUGAGCACGUCGCGUAUAUGGAGCACAGCGUAGCCUUCAGCCCUGCCAGGUUCAAUAUGGGCGAAGGACAAGAAGAGAACGCGAUCGUCACCUCGACGGGCCAAUACGUCGUCGCCUGGGACUUUGCCAAGGUCAAGAGGGGCCAGCUCGACAAGUACGAGAUCAAGAAGUACGAAGAUUUCGUCGUCCAAGACAACUUCAAGUUCGGCGACGACAAGGAGAUCAUCGUCGCGCUACAGAACGAUGUUCUGGCGGUGAACAAGAAGAGUUUGAAGAGACCAACGAGGGCUUCCAUCGCGACACCGCGGAAGAGUCUACGCAGCCGGUCGAACAUCGUCAAUGCACCCUAUUGA